AUGGAAACUUACUCAGACUUGUUGAAAGCUCUAGCAUCAAACUGGGGAUGGAUGGUGGUGAUGAUGUCAUGGAUUCUGUUUAUCGUCAUAUUCGGCAUUAUGUAUUCAUAUGGGAUUCUAUUCGUCGAGUUUCAGGCUGAGUUUGAGAGCUCUGCGACACUCACGGGUUGGGCAGGGUCAAUACCCAUAGGGCUCACUGUUCUCCUCGCCCCGCCCAUGAACGUUAUCAUCGACCGUUUCGGCUACCGUCCCGUUGCCGUCAUGUCUCUCGUCAUCGCAUCAACAGGGGUAGUGGCGACGUCUUUCGUACCCAACAUGCUUCUCGUCUACGUCACAUACAGCUUGAUGUUUGGAUGUGGGUCUGGAGCUAUUUCCCUUGUCGUCAUGAGUCUUGUCGUACAUUACUUCCCAUCAAAGAACUGUGUAAGAGCCUUGGCAUUCACUCUCAGUGGCACUAGCAUUGGCAUGCUGUCCUUUGCACCAUUUCUAAGAUUACUCAUUGAUCGAUUCGGAUGGAGAACCACCCUUCGGAUUAUUGGCUCAUUGUACUUCAUCUUGGGCAUCCCUUGCGUUGCAAGCUUCGUACCAUCCUCACCUGAUAUAGCGCCCUCUGUAAAGGGCCAACAGACUGAUGGAGAUGGUCGUAGAAUGAAGGAUAUUCAAACCUCGGUAGAAACACACGAUGAUUGUCCAAAUCAGGAUUCAUCCACGCAUAAUAACGCAGGCGAUAGUACUGAUGAAAAGCAUGGAGUCGUAGAAAAGUAUUGUCCUGAGAAAGUUAGCUUGGAUGGAGAAAAACCUAAAGAUAGGCCUGUUAUUUCAAGUAGUAGUCAGCACUCGUUGUAUGAAGAGGAUACCUCCCUGAUGCAUCGGCUGCGUCAAGCUAUGACUUAUCCAGAGCUAUCGUUCAUCAGUGUAGCUGUUAUCAUUAAUGGGCUUGCAGAUUGCUUCUAUUACGUUAACAUGGUUAGCUACAUGGUAUCUGUAGGGUUUACGGAGACGGAUGGGGCACGUAUCUUAUCCGUCAUUGGAGCGUCAACCGCCGUCGGUAAAAUCACUCUCUCGUUCGUCAGUGAAUGGCUCCCAUUUCCGGUCUAUUACGUCAUGCUUAUCGCCUCUGUGGUGAGCUGCGUAGUGAUGUGCUGUUUUCUUGUCAUCAAAAACCUCGCACUUAUGUUCUGCCUAGCGGCUGUUAUCGGUGGAGUAAUGAUAAGUACAACUGCAGUGGUGACUUAUUCUAUUCCUAGUACUUUUUUUGGUCCUGAACGCUCUCAACAGACCUGGCCUGUAAUUCUUUUCUGCAAUGGCGUCGGUCUAAUGUGUGGCUCACUAGUCGGCCAGUCUAUUGAUCGUACUGGAUCAUACAGAAGUACCAUCUGGACUUUUAUUGGAUUGUACAUUGUCGUUUGCUUACUUCUCAUCGCAGCACCCCUCUACCAAAGGACAUUUGCUCCCAAACGUUACGUCGUUCAAGAGUUACAUCGAGUAAAGCACUUGGAUAUAAAGAAGAAGGGCGUUGAACAGGAAGAUACCAGUGAAAAGUUUGCGGACAUCUCAAAAUUCAGUGGGACAAAUUAUGAAGUGGUAUAUGAACGCGUGUCAACGGUAUAA